GUAGCGACGAAAGGCCAGUGGGCCAUGUGGACGGAACCAUACGGCCACGAAUUAAAAUAGGAAUAUCAGCCUAGUAAUCACCCUUCCUCGGUCGGGCAACCAGCUCAACUUCUUCAUCGGCUGCAUCGCAUCUCCACCAACCAACAGAGAGGAGCAAGAUCGAAGCGUCUUUGAUCAUUCGGUUAUGUCCGCCACAAGAGCCGGCGGCGGCGUGGGAGGCUACGACCGCCAGCGGGAGCUGCAGGCGUUCGUCGACACCAAGGCCGGCGUGAAGGGCCUCGUGGACGCGGGCGUCACGGCCGUCCCCGCCAUCUUCCACCACGCGCCGGACUCCCUCCCUGUGCUGCAGCAGGCGGCGGCCGACGGCGAUACCGUGGCCGCGACCAUCCCGGUGAUCGACCUGUCGUGCGCGCGGCGGGAGGAGGUGGUCCGCGCGGUGAAGGCGGCGGCGGAGACGGUGGGGUUCUUCCUGGUGGUCAACCACGGCGUGCCGGGUGGGCUCCUCGCCGAGACGUUGGCCGCAGUGCGGCGGUUCAACGAGGCGCCCGCGGAGGCGAAGCGCCCCUACUACUUCAGGGGCAACGCCCGCAAGGUGACUUUCAACUCCAACUUCGACCUGUUCCAGGCGCCGGCCGCCAACUGGCGCGACACCCUCUUCUGCGACGUGGCGCCGGAGCCGCCGCGGCCGGAGGAGCUGCCGGAGCCCGUCAGGCACGUGAUGGUGGAGUUCAGCGGCGCGGCGCGGGAGCUGGCGGAGCGGCUGCUGGAGCUCCUGUCGGAGGCCCUCGGCCUGGCCCGCGACCACCUGAGGGAGAUGGGCUGCGCGGAGGGCGUCGGCGUGGCGAGCAACUACUACCCGCCGUGCCCGGAGCCGCACCUCACCCUCGGGACCAGCAGGCACACCGACGCGUCUUUCCUCACCGUGCUCGUCCAGGACGGCAUGGGCGGCCUCCAGGUGCUCGUUGACGGCGGCGGCGGCCGCCGGGGCUGGCUGGACGUGCCUCCCAUGCCCGGCGCUCUCGUCAUCAACAUCGGCGACCUUCUUCAGCUUGUAAGCAACGGCAAGUUCAGGAGUGUGGAGCACCGGGUUUUGGCGAACAAGAGCACGGCGAGGGUUUCGGUGGCGGCAUUCUGCAGCGCAGACGUGAUAAGGUCGACGAGGGUGUACGGCCCCAUCGGCGAUCCACCGCUUUACAGGAGCAUCACCAUUCACGAGUACCUCGCGCACUUCCUCAAGAAAGGCCUGGAUGGUCAGCUUGGUCGCCAUACGCUGGACCGCUUUCUGCUGCGGCAGCCGGCUCCUGCUGCUACGUAGAUUGCAGAUGUAGUGCACGCCGCGGUCACUUCUCAAAUGAAAUUUCGAGAGGCUUCGUGCAUCAAAAAAAGGGUCCACUAAAUAAAUGAGGAAUUCAACAUGGAGGAACACGAUUCCAAUUAUGAACUAUAAAAUAUAUUGAUGUUGUUUGUCAUCAGUUUCAUUUUA